UGGUGUACGUGUAGAGGUUGGCUGUAUUGCAUAUUCAUGGCUGUGGUGGGGGAGGUGUGGCUGUCUGCUGGUUUGUGUUGUCAAUGCGUGCAAUUUAUCAUAACAUGUGAUUAUAGUACGUGACAGAUGGAAUUUUAGUGUUUGUGUAACUAAAAUUUGUUGACGUUUGGAGCUCAUCCGUGUGUCUAGGAGAAGAUGAUUGAAGCUUCCGGAGAAAGGACUCUUACUGGUCAUCCAUAUGACACCACUCAAUACUACAUAGGGCUAGGGCUUGCUGUUAGCUCUAGUGCUUUUAUCGGUUCGAGUUUUAUUAUAAAAAAGAAAGCACUGUUGAGAUUGUCACGUUCUGGCUCAGUGCGGGCUGGCGCUGGAGGAUUUGGCUAUCUGAAAGAAUGGCUCUGGUGGGCCGGCUUUUUGUCUAUGGGGGUGGGUGAGGCAGCUAAUUUUGCUGCGUAUGCAUUUGCACCUGCCUCACUGGUAACGCCACUUGGUGCACUUAGUGUACUGGUUGCAGCAGUCCUGGCAUCAUAUUUUCUUGGUGAAAAACUGAAUCUUCUUGGCAAGAUGGGAUGCUUUCUCUGCAUCUUGGGCUCAACUGUUGUUGUCAUCCAUUCUCCAAAAGAAGAAGAAAUAGAAAAUUUGGACGUCUUGAAGCAGAAACUAUUAGAUCCAGGUUUUGUGUUCUAUGUUUUCCUAGUGUUGGCACUAACACUGGCAAUUAUAUCAUACUUCGGCCCACGAUAUGGACAACGAAAUGUUGUGGUUUACAUUACGUUAUGUUCUGCAAUUGGUUCCCUCAGUGUUAUGAGCUGUAAGGGCCUAGGACUUGCUAUCAGGGACACCGUUUCAGGGAAAUCAAAUGAGGUAUCCAACUGGCUUACAUGGCUUCUGCUGAUGGCUGUUAUUCUCUGUAUUUCAAUACAGAUGAAUUACCUAAACAGAGCACUUGAUCUGUUUAACACUGGUAUUGUGACUCCUAUUUAUUAUGUUCUUUUCACGACACUAGUAAUUGUGUCAUCAGCAGUGUUGUUUCGUGAGUGGCAGGAUGUGGGACCUGAAGACAUUGUUGGAGGCAUGUGUGGCUUUCUUACUGUUGUAACAGCCAUAUUUCUACUCAAUGCAUUCCGUGAUAUUGACAUUUCGUAUUCAGAUGUGAGAAGUAUGUUGCGUCCAAGAAAGACAGGUAUUGUAUCUGUGGGAACUGAAGGAAACAGAGCAAAUGGAGUUCCUGCUUCAGCUGUUUACAGAGACACAAAGCGACUGUUAGGCAGUGAUGAUGAAUCUUCAUCAUAUGGCAGUCCUGGUCCAACUCCUCCUGUAUGACCCAUGGCUACUCCUGCUACAUUUCGCAGGCUUCAGUCUUCAGGACUGUAUCCAUAGUGUUUUUAUUCCCAACAACUCUGAAGGAUAUGUACAAAGAUAUUUGUAUUAUUUUUUCUGUUGGAGAGACUGAAUGAGGAAAUUAUCUGUGAUUGUUGAUAGCUGUGAUAUGCGCAACAGUGACUGCCGGUUGUAAACAGUUUUAUGGCUCUGUGUUUGUCACUUAAACAUGGAUGUGUGUCUUUUGCAUGUAUAAAUGUAAUAUAUUUUUGUGUGGUAUUUUUAAGACUUGAACUUAUUUAUUCAUACAAUUGAGUCAUAUUCAGUGUACAAAUAAUGAAGAUAGUUAUACUAUAAUUUGUUAGUAAUACCGUUUCAAUGUUUAAUGUUGAUAGUCUGAAUAUUUAAGUAAUUUUCAAAUUAACAUUCAUUUUUAGUUUCUGCGGUGCCACCCCACUGGUUACUGCAUUCAUUUAAAUAAGUUUUUAUACUCAAAUGAUUUUAUUUGUUGAACUGAGAGUAGUUUUCAUGUGUUUUAUGCUUUUCUUUGUUAAAAAAAUUCAGAAAGUGUCUAAAACUGCCGGCCAGAGUGGCUGAGCGGUUCUAGGUGCUUCAGUCAGGAACCGCGCGACCGCUACGGUUGCAGGUUCGAACCCUGCCUCGGGCAUGGAUGUGUGUGAUGUCCUUAGGUUAGUUAGGUUUAAGUAGGGGACUGAUGACCUCAGAAGUUAAGUCCCAUAGUAUUCAGAGCCAUUUUUUUUUUCUAAAACUUGAGUUGUUAGUGUGUGCUCAUACCUCAGCCAGUGAUAGAGGGAUUGAGUAAAGUAAACCUCUAAAGCCAUACAACAAUGGAAAAUCCGUGAUUGAAUGUAAAUAUUACCCUUAUACUGAAUCAGUAAACCAGAUGUUUUUUUUAAAUGGAUAUUAUGAUAGUACCAAAACACUGAAUUCUCAAUGCUAAAAGCUGAAAUUUCCAUCUGUAGAUGAAAUGAGGAUAGUGCUUAGUUGCACACAUAAAUACCAGGUAAUUUUCUUCCUGCAGGUUUGGAUCUUUUUAUUUGCAUCUUUGCACCAUCCGAAUUUCAGUUGUAGUGGCCCGUAUUUGUUAUAUGUUGUACCUCCAUUGUGACACUUAAUCUGAGUAUAGAAUUAAGAUCAGUGUAGAAUAACUGAAUAAAUGCUGUGUCUGCCCAUAAAUAUACAUUUUCAGGAGUAUGAAGAACAAUUUUUUUUAUCAUGUACAAUAAAAGCAGUGAGAUUGUGAUGUGGUGAUAACUUCAACUGGUUGCAUGACUUUUCGGGUGCUUGUAUUGUUAAUGUGAAGUUCCGAACAAUUAGCCCACAGCAGAUGAUGACAUUUUUAGUAUAAACAAUCUUAACUGUAAACUUUUAAUACGUUAAGCAUAAUUGUGGAGUGUUGAUGCUACAAGUUAGAAAAUCUUUACUUUGUGGAUGGCUUAAUUAUGUUGGGAAGAAUACAGUCAACUUCCAGAAAUGGAUUAUGUAAUGAAAAUAUAUUGUCCUGGCACAGUGAUAAUCAGAAAUUGUAAUGUAGACUAUCGCUACACUUUCAGGUGACCAUUCAGUCAAAUAAACUAGUCUGGAGAAA